AUGUCUUCAGAUACUCCCAACUCCAACAACACCACCAACUCCUCCAGCUACAACCAGAAGCCUCCUUCUCCCCCGCCCGCCGACAUGCAGCACAAUCGCCGUGGUUCCGUCACUUCCGCUGCCUUCGCCAACCUCUUCCAGCGGAGCAACUCCACCACCGUUGGCACCCCUGUGUUCCCUGGUGCCAUCACGUCUGCUGCCAUCAACGAACAGCGCCGGAGGCUCUCUGUGUCCACAACUUCCCUCGGACUGUCGGGCACUUCGCCGACUGGCAACCCUGCCUUCAACCGCCGAGCUAGUCUGUCCACCAACAACUCCGACUCUGUCGAUGAGAACGCCAUCGAGGAGGAGGACUACUCUUCCACCUCCCGCACUGCUCCGGUCUCUCCCUUUGCUCGUAGGAUGAGCUUCGGAGCCUCGGCAGCCAUGCGUCGCCCUGGCGGUGGCAGCCCUGGAACAGGCAAUGGUAGGCCUAACACUCAAUCUCCUGGUGAUGCCAAUUCUCCUUCCAUGCAGCGUCGGGGCACUGUUGCUGGGCCUCUCCCCCCUGCCGACAGCGCCGCCGCGUCUGCGACGUCCUGGAAGUCCCAAUCUUCCACUGCGCCUCAGGCGAAGCCAAGCAAUCCAAACAGUUCAAGCAAUACAACACGUCCCAGAGCCGUUUCUGACUUGUUCUCCGCUACUCCAAAAGACCAGGGCUUCAACUGGUCGGAGCAGCUUAGGUCCCGUGCCGAAAGCACCGUUGCAUCGGGCCAACGCCCUUCCUUCUCUUUCGCCUCGGGCAUGACCGGCUCGCCUCCUCGCACUGGCGCCGUCGCUCCCCCAAGCACCCAUGACCGCAAUAGGUCUGUGUCUGAGAUGCCCGCCCCGCCGGCACAGACACCCAAGCCUAGGUCACCGCCGCGGGACACCCGCCCCAAGCCCGACGCCUUCCAAGAGCGGAUCCUGAAGGGAGACUUCUACAUGGAUUGA